CAGUGCUUUCGAGACAUAAAUAACUGCGAAACAAGAAGACCGAAACCAGUCAUUGCGUCUGUUACGGUAGUUCUAGCGUCAAAAAAUCAUUCCUCUCGUUGGUGGAAGGAUUAGAAACGUCUUUACCGCGAAUUAACUCCACUUGAGCGACUCUUGACCGCAGAUACCAACCGCGACGUUUGAAUUUUUCGUUUAUUUCGAGCAUCGUUUGCUCCGCCGAUUCAAGCUAUCGCCAUUUACGUCAAUCGAUUCUUUUUUUCGAUCGUAUUUACCACGCGCGUCUACUAUCGGUGCGCAUACUAGGGAUCGAGGAUCAUCAACGGAGAACCGCAGUCAAAUAAGAAACCGAAGAAACGCUUCCUGUCCUGUUACUGGACCACUGACGCAACGAUCGACCUUUUCUUACCAUCCCAAAGGGACCAUUCUGAAGACGAUAGUGUCCACGAGGAGAUCGUUCCAUCGUACGAAUUUAAAGGAGUACAAAUUUUUGGGCGCAACGCAGAGGAACUCGCACAAAAUGAUCCUGAACGAGGCGUUGCUACUAUUAGCGUCCACCGCGAACGUGAUAGUUUCAUUGCCAGGAAACUCAAGUUCGAAGGAUAUCGACAGUAACUUCACGAAGGAGUACGUGACAACGACCUUGUCACCGGAAGAAGAGGAAAAUGAGUUCGAUUUCCUGGACAGUUGGUACAUGUGGCGAUGCUUCGAACCGUACGGCUGUUUUUAUAUCGGUCCACCUUGGUCAGGCGAGAACCGGCCAGUGUCCACGUUCCCCGCCAGACCGGACAGCAUCAACCCUCGUUACUUGCUGUACACAAGGGAGAACCAGGGUCAGCCGAACGAGUUAAAGAUCGACAAACGCGAAACUAUACGAAAGGCGGCCAUUCGAAAGAAGAACAAUCUUUACCUCAUCAUUCAUGGCUUUCUAGACAACGGCGAUAAGUCCUGGGUCCUGAGGACAAUGAAGGAGCUGUUGUUGAGAGAAAAUUGCGACGUGGUCGUUGUCAAUUGGAUCGGUGGCGCUGGGCCACCUUACACGCAAGCUGUUGCCAACACGAGGCUAGUCGGUUCCAUGACAGCUCGUUUGGUGUCACAAUUGGUCGAAUUCGGUGGAAUUAACCCUGCCAAGAUACACUGCAUCGGUCACAGUCUAGGUGCACACACCUGUGGCUACGUUGGUUACUUCUUGAGGCACACUUAUGGGAUUCAGCUUGGAAGAAUCACAGGCCUCGAUCCCGCCGAGCCGCAUUUCAGCAACACGUCGACUAUGGUGAGGCUAGAUCCGUCGGACGCGACAUUCGUCACGGCCAUUCAUACCGAUUCCAAUCCGUUUAUCAGCGGCGGCCUUGGUAUCACCCAACCUGUCGCGCAUAUCGAUUUCUAUCCGAGCGGUGGUCGCAAUCAGCCUGGCUGCAACGAGGGUGUCAUCGGUUCCAUCACCUUGGAACGUGGGAGCUUGUUUCAUGGAAUCAAGAGACUCCUCAACUGCAAUCACAUUCGCAGUUACGAGUACUUCAUAGAAAGCAUCAAUACAGCUUGCCCGUUUCUGGCGGUUCCUUGCUCAUCCUGGGAUAAGUUCAAGGAAGGCAGGUGCUUCGACUGCGUGAACCAAUACUGUCCGAGGUUCGGAUUGGACGCUCAACCAGGAAACUAUCAUGCCUCUGUCUACCUGAUGGUCGGAUCGGAUAAGCCAUUCUGCAAGGGACAUUACAAAGUGACGCUUAAUAUCUCGAAAACGAAUGAAAGCCUGGCCCACGGUGGUGAAGUGGGGAUCUUCGUGAUCCGAGUGAUCGGAGAGAAUGGAAAGAUGACAGAGAAGAUGCAGCUGAGCUCUUACACGAAAUAUUACGAGCCAGGUAGCACUCAUACUGUAGUGUUAGCCGGCGACGUGGUCGGUAAACCGGAAACGGUCGAGAUAUUGUGGAAAUACGAGCCUUCCGUGUUCAAUCCGCUCACGUGGCGUCUUCUGCACACUCCGCGAGUCUACAUCGAUUCGUUGACCGUGGAAAGUCUGGAAUUCUCGCAUGGGAUCAAAGUGUGCCCGGACUCGAGCAAAACCUUAAUGGCCAACGAGGUGAAGGUGCUAACAUCAAAGAACUGCUUGGCCGACGAUACGAACCUCGUUUCCAUAUGAGUGAUCGAAGGCGUAAUUAAUUGCAACUUUUAUUCGCUGAUGAUCAACCCAUUGCGGUCGAAUUAGAUUUCACGUUCGAAAUCGAAAGCUGCAGAUGAAUCGUUCCAUUGUUCAAACAAGGAGAAAUCGAUAUGCUGUGUGUUCUUGUUCUCUAGUACUCGAGGCUACGACGCAUUUUCACUGUUCCAGAGUUCGUAGAAGUUUGAACAACGCUCGUCCGCAAAGGGUUAAUCGAAUAACUUAGUCGUUUGUCUUCGUUGCGUUUCAAGUAUUUGGGACAUGGUACACGUACAAAGUUUCUGGAUCUCCGGUACCGAGCAAAAGUGACCGACGAUGGUGUAAUUUUAAGGGAACGAAGACGGUGCAGGCUCGUUACAGCAUUAGUCGCUGAUGCAUACUAUAUAUUACGUGUUAAGAAACUAUUGUUCGAAGGAUACUUCCCCACCACUUUCGCUUUUAGACGUAACCUUCGCUCGCCUAAUAAGCCAACGCGUCGAACGGUCUACUUAAAGUGUGUAAAUACCUUACGAGAACGUUGAAAUGGAAUCGUUGUGCAGUUGGCUGUUGGAGUGGAAGUCGUGACCUUGGAUGGACGUUUCAUUUUGAUAUUAAGUCGACGGAGUAGGUGAAGAACGAAUUACCGGUACAAUUUUCUCGUUGUUACCUUUGUAUCAGCUGAUUUUAGAUAAAUAUAUUGUGUUUUUUUUUAAAUAUUA